AUCUUGACGUAAUGAAAAACCACGUACCUGAAUCGAAACUUAGAGAGCCUUAAAACCAGCUGAAUCAAGGAAGAUCGCAGAUAUCGGGGGACACGAGUGGAAGGAAGAUGCACGGAAAAAAUUAGAGCAGAAUCGGGAAGUUUGGGCUAUAAUAUCGCAUUUAUUCCUGACUUGCUGCGUCACUGCAAUGGAUACUGGAAAUUAUAUUUCCAAAUUGCAUGAACAUGCACAGAAAUAUAACCUUGUGCUUAAGUGGGAUUACCUCGGCUCUGAAGGCCCUGACCACAUUAAAACAUUCAUUUGGAAAGCUGUCCUAGAUGGCAAAUCCUAUCCACAAGGUGUAGGGAAGACCAAGCAGGAUGCCAAACUAAAUGCAGCUCAGAAUGCCAUGAAAUGUUUGUACGAGGAUGACAAUCAGGACAAAAGUGAACAUGCAAAAGAAGCUUCUGCGUCAGUGUCUUGUGCAAAUGUCAACUUCAUUGGUUGGCUCAAUGAAUAUGGUCAUAAAAAGAGGGUGAUCGUAAAGCCUGUGGAGAGCUUUAGACCUGGAAAAAGCAGUGCAGAAUAUAGGUGUAAGUUUGUGGUUGGUGACAAGGAGUACCCAGAGGUCUCUGGAAAAAACAAGAAGGAGGCCAAAGAGCAAGCAGCCAAACUGGUUUAUGACAGUAACACUGAAGAGACUGCAGAUGCAUCAAGUCAACAAAAUAUGAAUUUAAGUAAAACUGCUGCAGACAUGUGCACUGAUACAAACACCUGGGGUUUUAGCACUGAAGACAGUAGCCGCACGGAGACUAAUUUCAUUGGAAUCAUAAACCACUACUGUCAGAAGAAGCAGUUGAAUUUUGAGUACAAUAUAGUGAAAAGAGAAGGUCCUCCUCAUUGCCCCCAAUUUUUCUACAGUUUAAAAAUAGACAAUAAGGAAUACCCCAUUGGUGAGGGUGGGAAUUCGAAGGUGGCCAAACAAAAGGCGGCUCAACUGGCUUGGUCUGCUCUCCAGGAACAGUCAGACUGGGACAGCAAGGUGUCCAUCAGGUCAAUGUCUGAAGACAAUGCAACAUCUACAUCUUCAGAGCAAAGUUCAUCAGAGAACUUGAAUAAUCCAUUAGCAAACAACAUGGAAGAGAGAAAAAGUGAAUCCAUCAUAUUUGCUGAUUCAUCUAAUGUCCAGGCACCCCAGGCUGGAGAAAAUACACCAUCUCCCCUAGGGUCUGAAAUGUCGCCAAUGAGCCCAUCAACCAGUACUAGUGACUCUGCAAUGGAGACUGGGUCGUCUCAUCAUUCCAGCAAUAAGAAUGAUGCCAAAAAGGAAAGUCUGGACAAUGCAAGAACUACGCAGUCAAGAUUUACUUCAGAUUUUGACGACAUUGAAAGGCUGGGCAAAGGAGGUUUCGGCCAUGUUUACAAAGCAAGAGAAAAUCUGGUGGACAAGGACUUUGCUGUCAAGAUUGUCCGUGGUACAAAGAAGGCUCUGCGAGAGGUGACUGCCUUAUCAGACCUCCAACACACCAACAUUGUUAGAUACUACAAUUGUUGGAUGGAGGACUCAAAAUACGAAGAUUAUAGCUCCAGCUCCUCCGAGUCUAAAAGUAACUCAUGUCAAAAGUACCUCUACAUUAAGAUGGAAUUAUGCAACUCUGGAACACUUAGAGACUGGAUUAAAAAAAAGAAUAAAGAUAGUCUGCAAGAUACUCAGAGAAGAACAGAAAGUCUUCCUGUUGCUCAACAAAUAGUGAAAGGAGUCGAGUACAUCCACUCCUGCCACCGCAUUCACAGGGACCUGAAGCCCCUGAAUAUCAUGUUUGGAAAGGAUGGAGUGGUGAAGAUUGGGGACUUUGGUUUGGUCACUACGGAGAUCGAGGAGGACGAUGAAAACCUGAUGAGUAGAACAAAAAAAACAGGAACCAGGACUUAUAUGCCCCCUGAACAAAUGACUAAUACAUACAACCAUAAAGUGGACAUGUUUGCUUUGGGGCUGGUCUUCUUUGAACUCCUUUGGAAAAUUUCUACUGGCCACGAAAGAGCAGAUAUAUGGAACGAUGCAAGAAAAAGGAAGUUUCCCAAAGAAUUCUCAAGGGCUUUUCCCCAAGAGUUCCUAAUAAUUAAAUCGCUGCUUUGUGAGAAGCCACAAGACCGACUUGAAGCAAGUCGAGUCAAGGAUGAGCUGGACAAGUGUGUAUUAGAUGUUCAAAGAAGCAAAGAACAUGAGAAUCGCACAGUCUGACUCAGGUCUUAAAGAGCAGAAUGAGCACUUGAAGGCCUUUUUAUUGUUUAAUGACUUUUUUUCCUUUUAACUGCUUGGAAGCACUUUUAUUCCGUUACGGUUUUACGUUGAGGAUGAUGCAAUGAAUAUAAAAAUGUAUUAAAAAAUUGUUUUUUAAAUCACACUGUAAUAGGAUUUUAACAUCACUCCUAUGUAUUGUGUCAUAAAGUAAUCAUGUUUAUGUCAUUUUUAACAGUCAUCUUUAUUCUGCUCUGCAAAUCUCCACUUUUGUGAUCCAUUUAUUUGUCUUUGUGUGAACUGUUACUGGGACUGUACUUUUUUUAAUUAUUUGUUACAUAUAUCAUUGCAAACAUGAAUUCAUUGUAAAUUAAAAAUUAUUUACAGUCAUAAAGAGAAAUUUUAGACAUUUUAAGUAUUUGUGAAUACUACAUGCCUUAUUAAAUUCACUGACAUGGCAACAUCUUAUUGUAAAUUGUCAACAAAUUUACUUUAAAUAUGUCAAGUAACAGUGUAAAAAAACAAUUGUUCUCCAGGUCAAAGUGGUUGUUACAGACUUGCAUGCAAAAGUAUUUCAAUUUGCCUUCAGAUUCGAGAAGAAAAAAAUUUCUUCGUUACAACAGAGCAGGAAUAAAGAUAUUAAAAACCAUGCUCAAAUGUGAUUUAAUGAUAAAUAUCUCCAAGUAAGGUGGUGGAAACAUGUAGGCUGCAACUUCACUGUUUGGAAGAAACAUACUUCCAUGAGGUUAUAAUUGUAAUUUUCAUGUAUUUGCAGUAUUAAUCUUAUAAAUCAUCUAUGGAAUAAGGACCAAAAAAUUGUAUUCAUAAUGCAUUCAGCUUACACUGACAGCUGUGUGAUUGUUUGAAUAAGGAGUGACAAAACCUCUGGGGUUUUUUUUUAUUAUUGAUGCAAACUACAAUAAAAAGUGAGAA